AAGCUCUGUAUAUUAUAUUGGGAAGUAUCAGUUACUCAAACACACCCAGUCAGAUGAAGCAUAACACCACACAGGCGGGGAGACAGGCUGUGUGUAGCUGGGCCACGGGCUCCAUUUUCUGUCUGUGCUGUGGUUGAGAAUAAUUGAUCCUACAGCUGAUUAUUCUUGAUGCUGUGAUGAAGUAAGGUUCAGAUAGUCGGGAAAAACAGCGCCGGUACACACAGGCUACUCUGAUGACUGUCGGCUGAGCUGUAACUCUUUAGCGAGUGUUGGGAAUGCAGCCACCUCUAGCACCAGCCACUGUCAGAGAGCUGGUGCGCUCCCAUCUCCAUCUUGACCCUGUUGCUGCAGAUUUGCGCUGCAGUCUUUUUGUGGCUGCCGUUCAGAACUAUAAGCGUGACUCUGUCCUGAGACCAUUCCCACCUCGAUAUCUAAGGGGAGAGAUAAAGGAUUUUGAAGAGUUGCAGAAAGAUGUGAGCUCCUUGCCAAGCAUAAGAGACCUGGUCCGACUGGGAUCAGGAGAAGGAGAUCAUCAUCUGGCUCUAGUACACUGGGUGCUGUCCUCCAAGAGUUUUGCUGUAAAGACCAUCCAGAAAGAAGAGUGGGCCAGACUCAGCCAACUGACACCAAAUGCAGGCGUCUCCUCUCCUGUGCCAGACUUCCUUUUUGAGUUGGAGUACUGUGAACAGAUGAAUUCAAAGUUUGAGAAGACACGGGCAGGACGGGACAUUAUCUAUGCAUUCCAUGGUAGCCGACUGGAGAACUUCCAUUCCAUUAUUCACAACGGUCUACACUGCCAUCUGAAUAAGACAUCACUGUUUGGGGAAGGCACUUACCUGACCAGUGACCUUAGUAUGGCUUUUAUCUAUAGUCCCCAUGGAAAUGGAUGGUGUGAUAGUGUCCUUGGGCCAGUACUGAGCUGUAUUGCCUUGUGUGAGAUCAUUGAUCAUCCAGAUGUGAAGUGUCAGGUAAAGAAGAAAGACUCUGAGAGCCUUGACCGCAAGCGUUUGAGGGCAAGGAAUAGUGAAGGUGGGAACGUGCCAGAGAAGUACUUUGUGGUCACCAAUAACGAGCUGCUGAGAGUAAAGUACCUGCUGGUUUACUCUCAGAAACGUUAUAGGACCAGACAUGCUCAACGGACAUCGUGGCUGGUCAGACACCAUUUUGCCAUUAUGAUGGGUCUCUACCUUCUACUCCUCAUAUUCAUUGGUGCCUUCAAUUCUACUAGUUUUCAGUCAUUUUGGCAUCGAAUAUUCCGGUGAUCCAACUUUUCAUCACCUUUGCCUUGUUUCCAAAGUGCCUUUUUCUUUGGUUCACAAAGAUCACUUAAGAAUUUAGUUUAAGACUUGCAGUGAAUGUAAUGCUCAGGAAACUCUGAACAUUUUAUGUCAGUUAGUGUAUAUACUGCAGGCACAAGUAUUUUAAUAUGCAUUUAUUAGCUUUUUUUCAGUAAACACUUCUGAGAAAUGGUAUGAGAGAGGAGGCCUGCUUGUCUAGGCUGUGGGAUUGCUUUUUUGUUUUUAAAUAACACUGUACAACCCAAAAUAAGAAGAAAAAGUUGGGACAGUAUAGAAAAUGAAGGGGGAGGGGGGGAAAAAAAGCAGUGAUUUUCUAAAUUUACUUUGACUUUUUUUAAGAAGAAAGAAGGAGAAACCUUUUUAUUUGUCACAUGCACACACCAAGCACAGUGAGAUUCAUCCUCUGCAUUUUAAUUCAUCUGAAGCAGUGAACACGCGUGCACACAGAGCAGUGGGCAGCCACACUACAGCACCCGGGGAGCAGUCAGGGGUUUGGUACCUUGCUCAAAGGCACUUCAGCCCAAGGCCACCCCUUGUUAACCUACCGUAACUGCAUGCCUUUGGACUGUGGGGGGAAACCGGAGCACCCAGAGGAAACCUACACAGACAGGUGGAGAACAUGCAAACUCCACAUAGAAAGGCCCUCGCCGGCCGCUGGGCUCGAACCCAGAACCUUCUUGCUGUGAGGCGACAGUGCUAACCACGACAUCACCGUGCCGCCAGUUUAAUAUUUAAUUGCAAACAGUAUGAACCCAAGAUAUUUCAUGUUUUGUCAUUCCUGCAUUUCAGGCCUGCAACACAUUCCAAAAAAGUUGGGUCUGGGGCAAUUUAGGGCAAGUAAUGAGGUAAAACCAUUAAUGUGAUUUGAAACAGGUGAUGUCAACAGGUGAUUAUCAAAUCGUGAUUAUACACACAGUAUCCAGGAAAGGCCUUGUAUUUUGAGGAGCAAAGAUGGGCUGAGGAUCUGUUAGUCGACAAAUGUGUGAGAAACUUCAUGAAGUGUUUAAAAACAAUCUUCCUUAAAGAAAGAUGGGAAGAGAUUUGGAUAUUUCACUGUACAGUGCAUAUCACCUAAAAGAUUCAAAGAACCUGAAGAAAUUUUGAAGCUUAAAGGGAAGGGGCGCAAAUCUAAGCUGAACACCCGUGAUCUCGGAUCCCUCAGACAGCACUGCAUCAAGAACCGUCAUUCAUCUAUAGCUGAUAUAACUACAUGGGCUCGGGAAUACUUUGGCAAACCUUUGUCAAGCACUACAGUACAGAGUUGCAUCCACAAAUGCCAGUUAAAACUUUUACCGUGCAAAAAGGAAACCUUAUGUUAACAAUGUCCAGAAGUGCCAUUGACUUCUCUGGGCUCUGAUGCAUCUAGGAUGGACCAUCACACAGUGGAACCAUGUAUUAUGGUCAGACGAAUCAAUAUUCCAGGUCUUUUUUUUUUUUUUUAAAGAAAUGUACACGAUGUGCUCUAGACCAAAGACAAAAAGGACCAUUCAGACUGUUACUGUAAGUCCAAAAGCCAGGGUCUAUCAUGGUAUGGGGUUGUGACGGUGCCCUUGGUAACGGUAACUUACACUUCUGUGAUGGCAGCAUUAAUGUAGAAAAGUACACUGAGAUUUUGGCGCAACAUAUGCUGUCUUCAAAACGACAUCUUUUCCAGGGAUAUUUCAACAACACAAAUGUAAAACCUCAUUCUGCACAUAUUACAAAGGCAUGGCUGUGGAAGAAGAGGGUGUCUGUCCCCAAGAGUGUGUGGAGAAUUUUGAAAUGAAAAAUAUAACAAUGAUGACCAUGUACUGUUGCAUGGAGUAAUACCUGUUUACAGGAAAAAUUGGACAAAAUAACAUCUGAAAUGGUUCUUCACAUGGUGUCUUCAGUCCCUAAACAUCUUUGAAGUGUUGAGAAGGAAUGGCAGCGUUACAAAGUGGUAAAUGCUUUACCAUCCAAGAAUCACAACUGAAAUGUUUAUUUUAAGAUGACAAAUUUCAUGAGGUAAAAUAAAUGUUUUUGUAUUGUUCUGAGUGCAAUAGAAGUCAGAUUAUUUACAAGUCAUUGUUUUCUAUUUUAAUUUCAACAUACCGUCCCAACUUUUUUCUUAUUUAGGGUUGUAGCCUGUCAUAAAUGUUUUAUUUUGUAUAAUAAUGGGAUAAUUACAUUAGCUGUACAACCAAAUUGAGAGACAAAGUGCUGUCCCUAUUGCUACCUGGCUUUACAGGACUGUUCUUGGCCAAGGUCAGUAGCUGCUUACUUAAUUAUAGGGAACUAUUAGUUGACUAUAAUCACUUUACUGUUUAUAGGGUUGAGAGUUGAAUUGAAUGUAGCCCUUUAUAAGUUCCAGUAGAACUGUUUGAGCCAUUGCUUAAAAUGAUUUCUGAUCCUGCAUUCUUGUACUGUCAUGCCUUUUAUAUAAUGUGAGACUCUUGGAAUUCUUCUCUUCAUAAUAGUCCCAAAGUUUUUGUUUAGGAAAGCUUGAAUGACAUUGUCAAUAUAGUUGAGUUGGGAACUGUCUUCAUGAUUGUAGACAUAACAUUCUUUUAAUUUCCUAAAUCAAACUAACAGAAGGACAGUAAACUGUGUGUGUGUGUGGGGGGGGGAGUGAAACAAAUUAAUGAAUUUAAUGAAAUUAUAUUAAAAAAAUGUGCGUUUAAGAUGUAUUUUACAAAUACAAUAUUGUUCAUCUUCAAUCAUUGUUGUCUUCUAAUGUUAGAAAUAUGGCAUAUGUCCCUGACCUAUUUUUCUGUGAAUAAACUUCUAAAGUUGUUUA